UCCGGUAGGGGACGCGCGGGGCCUGGCCGGCGCGGCCAUGCUGCUGGAGGCACAGGACGCGCUGUACGUGGCGCUGGAGCUGGCCAUCGCCGCGCUGUCGGCGGCGGGCAACGUGCUGGUGUGCGCCGCGGUGGGCACGUCGAGCGCGCUGCAGACUCCCACCAACUACUUCCUAGUGUCCCUGGCUGCGGCCGACGUGGCCGUGGGGCUGUUCGCCAUCCCCUUUGCCAUCACCAUCAGCCUGGGCUUCUGCACUGACUUCUACGGCUGUCUCUUCCUCGCUUGCUUCGUGCUGGUGCUCACGCAGAGCUCCAUCUUCAGCCUCCUGGCCGUGGCCGUCGACAGAUACCUGGCCAUCUGCGUCCCGCUCAGGUAUAAAAGUUUGGUCACUGGGACUCGAGCAAGAGGGGUCAUUGCUGUCCUCUGGGUCCUUGCCUUUGGCAUCGGAUUGACUCCAUUCCUGGGGUGGAACUGUAAAGACAGUGCUACCAACAACUGCACGGAACCCUGGGAUGGAACCACGAAUGAAAGCUGCUGCCGUGUGAAGUGUCUCUUUGAGAAUGUGGUCCCCAUGAGCUACAUGGUAUAUUUCAAUUUCUUUGGAUGUGUUCUGCCCCCACUGCUCAUAAUGCUGGUGAUCUACAUCAAGAUCUUCAUGGUGGCCUGCAGGCAACUUCAGCGCACUGAGCUGAUGGAUCACUCAAGGACCAUUCUCCAGCGGGAGAUCCACGCGGCCAACUCGCUGGCCAUGAUUGUGGGGAUAUUUGCUCUGUGUUGGCUACCAGUACAUGCCAUCAAUUGUGUCACUCUUUUUCAGCCAGCUCGGGCUAAAAAUAAGCCCAAGUGGGCAAUGAAUAUGGCCAUUCUCCUGUCACAUGCCAAUUCAGUUGUCAAUCCCAUUGUCUAUGCGUACCGGAACCGAGACUUCCGCGAUACUUUUCACAAAAUCAUCUCCAGGUAUGUUCUUUGCCAGACAGAUAUCAAGAGUGGGAAUGGGCAGGCUGGGACACAGCCUGUUCUCAGUGUGGGCCUAUGACCUAGGCUUUGGCCUCUUUGAGAAGGCACAAAUUCACAAUAAACAAAGAGGAUAUGACUGGCUACUUCUCAUUGUGAAAGACAGCUAUAGCUCACAAGAAUAUGCCUCUUUUGAGCACUUCACUGGAGUUACCACAUAUCUAGCUAAUAUGUAUGUGUCAUUAAUAGGCUCCAAGGGUAGACAAAUAUAUUUAUGGUCUAUGUCGCUGUUCUUAUUGUGGGUUAAUGCUGGUAGCUUGAAUGGACUCUAAAAGACUUUUGUUUUGUUUUUAAAAGUCUGCUUCAUUUAUGGUAGAAAAUGACUGAAACAAUUUUACUGUGAAACACUGUGAACUAUUAUAAUACAAAUAUUUUUAAAUGUGGUGGCAAUGGAAAAAUAAAAGUUGGCUGUACUGAAAAUGU